UUUUUGGGAAUAUUGAAAAAAAGUUCUUGACAUUAUUUUACUGUAAAUGUCAAUAAAGCAAGUCGUUAAACUCCAAUGAGGUAUUAACAUUAUGUUAUUAAAAUGUGUUUAGAACGUAAAUACCUAAUGUAUAUUAAAGUUAUUCUCCCAUUUUUAAUAAUAUAAGCACCAAAACAAGUAACAAGAUGACCAAACAGGCAAACAGCUCAAGGCGUUUUAGAAAGUUGACGUUGACGCGCGAAAGGAGAAAAAAAUUACCGCUACAUGACACCCUCUAUCUAUUUCGCUCUUUCUCGUUACUUACGUAUUUGCUUUCUCGCUUACACACACGAAUCGAAGUUAAUUUCGAGUCGCGACGCGCCAGUUGACUUCAGACAGUACUGCGCGCGCAUGUUCGAAUAAGAUGGCGGCAUUUUCGAGUAACUAAAACUCUUAAUUCAAUAACUUUUAUUAUUGAAAGACACUUUUUAUAAUUUUUCUUAAAUCCAAAAUAGUGUUUUAUAUUUUUUAGAAUUUUCUUGUUGUGUAUUAAAUAGAGUGCAAACGGAAAUCGCGUGUGGAAGUGUGUGGCAAAAUGUGAAAGUUUCUUUCGUAUAAGAAAACAGUGGAUCUUUUUAAAGUGUUAUACUUAAUAAUACUUGUAAAUACAGCUGUUUAGCAUUCUAAAUAUCGGUAAUACAAGGGAACAUAAAACGAUUGUGAUGUGAUAAAAAUAUGUGAGAAUACGUGUGUCCUGCGUAUAGUUUCCAGCGAAAGCAAGAUGGCCGUCACAAGAUGGCGGCCGAGGACUCGCGCAUGCGCGCUGGUGAUAGUGUUGUGUUUACAGGUGUCUUAUGGUUACGAGCAAAUGUACACGAUAUCACAACUAUCGCCAAAAUCAGCCAGCAUUGAUGAAUACCCACAGGGAGAGGUGCUACAGACUAAUCACCCAGACUUAGGCUUAAGGAUAGAAUCUAGUAUCGAUCACGAAGAAGAAGCAGUUAUACCCCACGAGGAAGUAGAAGAACACGUCAUUAUAGCCAGAUCAGCUGACCCAACAGUCAGAGAAUCCAGAUCUAUAAACAUAGAUGAGAUACCACCGUCAAACAAUGAAAUAGACAAUCAUUUAGAGCUUCAUAAUAAGAGGAAAUAUUACGAUAUCCAUCCGACGAAAACGAUGGAGUAUUUAAGAAGUGAUGACGAGGUAAUCCUGUCGUCUGAAGGGUUCGGUGACAGGCUCGAGUUUAAGUUUCCGGGGGAAGGGAAGAGGGUCCCAAAAGCGCGCGCACUGGCGCCUAUGGGGCCCAGAAUACGGCCUACUGCAGUGCAACCGAUAUUUGCGACAGCUACCCCUAGAGAAGGACGGCAAAACACUGAAAUUCAGAACAUUAUAACUGGUCUUGUAAAGCUAUUGAACGGCAAGGUCAAUGUUCAGGCGAAUUCUCAGCUUUUAAGACCAGGCAGGCCUAUGGCGUCUAGGAUUAAUAAUAGGGGGCCGCCGAAACUAUCUGAGGGACCUCCGAUACCAGAUUUUGACGUGCCCAUCACUCCACCCCCUCAUCACUACCAUCCUACGAAGACUCCACCACCAUAUCCAUUCGAUAGGCCACCAGUCUAUGUCAAUCUACCAGAACAGAUGGUACCUCCUCUAAACAGGCCUGGAUUCCACAGGCCAAUACCUCCUUGGCAGAGACCGAGACCUAGGCCACCUAAUAGGAGACCAAAUCCUAGUCUUCCUAUGUAUAAACCUAACCUACCACCCAUUCCGAAUAUGCCAGACCUUCCUGAUGAGAAUGAGAAGUUGGAAGAAGAUGUAGCCAAUGAGAAUGAAACGACGCAUUCAGAAAAUAACAUACACAAUGAAGAAUCAGAAUUUCCUCUCACAAUACCUGAACUAAACACUACCGAAACAGAUGUUAAAGAAGAUGAACAGAAAGAUGAAACUACAACUAUUGCUGAUACAACGACAACAUCAACAACCACAACAACAACUACAACGACAACAACACAAGCAACAACAACAGAGAAACAGACCACAACGGAAAAACCAACCACAACCGAAAAAACCACCACCACAACACAAAAACCGAGCACGACAACAGAAAAAACGACUACAAGCGAAAAACCGACAACGACGACCGAGAAAAAGAUUGAAAAGCCAAAAACCGAUAAGAAGAAAGAUACAAUACUAAUAGAGAAAGAUAAAAAUAAAGAUAAAUUCAAAAUUGAUGACAAGUUUAAAUUGAAUAUUACUAAGGAUGAUUUGCUAGAGCAGGCUAUACAGAUUAUAGAGCCUUCUUUGAUUGAUGUGAAACCUAGUUCUGUAGCUGACGCAGUGCCUACACCUACAAAUGGUUUGAUCAGUCAUGCACCGUCAUCUACUGUGUCAACUACUACUUCAUCUGUAGAAGUUAUUGAAACAUCGUCUAUUAAUUCUCAGCCAAUUGCAACUUCCCAAGGCAUACCCUACCAGCCUUACCGGCCUCGUCCCGGCAUAGUCCUGGACGACACGGACUUCAAGCCUCACGGCACCAGGUACAGGCCCCAGGCAGAGGUGUCCGUCAUCACCGCGCCCGAGUCCAGGCCCGGGUAUGGCGAAAUCUUCGAUGUCACCGUGUCAGCUAUACAGGGGUUGGGAGAAAAGGGGGGUGGGGCUUCCGUCCACAUAGAAAACGUGAACUUAUCAGGUCACGAGCACGAUGACAUCAUAGUCUCUCCCUCAGGGGAACAGGGGUUUGUCUCCAUCGACGGCAAGAGAACAUACCUCAACCUCUUCGAUAGCUCCACACCAGGACCCAGUAUAAGGCCUACACAGGUCCAGAACCUACCUCAAUCUGUACCACCGCUAGCACCACCGCCGCUGGACCCCACAAUAGGCACCGGCGUCGCGGUCCCGGCGGACGACAUCCCACUCCCACCAGUACGGCGACCCACUCGACCCAACCCCACGCACCACUCCCACCAGCCACAUUCACCGCUGCACCGCCCUCAGCAAGGGUUCCGAAGACCACAGCCUACUGUGAGGAUUGACACUUGCAUAGUAGGUGAUGAUUCCACUUGUGAUGUUGCUCAAAAUGAAAAAUGCAGGACUGAGGCCGGUAUAUCCAGCUGCCAGUGCAGACCAGGCUACGCUCGCCGCAUCCACCGCGACCCCUGCAGGAGAGUCGUGUCCUUGCUCCUCAAUCUGAGGGUCGACAGGCUGUAUGAGAGGAAGGUCGCUUGGGACUCCAAACUGGCUGAUAAGGAAUCCGACCCAUAUCAACAGCUGAGCUAUGAGGCAGUUAGAGCUAUCGAUUCAGCAUUUUCCAUGACACCGUUUUCUGAUGACUUCGUGAGCGGUUCCGUCAACUCAGUCCACAAGGGAGACGAGAACAACCGCGGGGUUUACGUUAACUUAACUGUUUUGAUGCAAGAAACCCCCGAGACGUCUCGCUCGGCAGUAGCCACGGACAUACAGAAGCACUUGUUAGGAGUGAUCAGACGCAGGUCGAACAACGUCGGGGCCUCAGCCCUGUAUGUGGACUCGCCCGCCGGGAGCGUACUGCCGCUGCAUGACGUUGAUGAAUGUUCAUCACCAGAUUUGAAUGACUGUCAUCAGCUAGCGACGUGCACCAACACUUGGGGAGGAUUCAGAUGCCAGUGCCCGGACAGCACGCUGGACGCGGCCCCGCUGCGCGCCGGGCGGGACUGCCGCGCCUGCGCCGCCUCGCACUGCAGCGAGCGCGGCGUCUGCAAGUACGCCGGCGGACAGCCCUACUGCAGCUGCUCUUCCGGUUACUACGGGUCGACGUGCGAGGUGGACGGUGAGGUGGUGGGAGUGGCGGUGGGGGCGUCCCUGCUGGCCGCGCUCGUCAUAGCGCUCACACUGGCCGCGCUGCUGUCCUGGAGCCGUAAAUGGUCGAGAGAGCAGAAGGCUGUGGGCAUGGGAUCUCCAAUCUUCAACUAUAUGGCGGCGAAUACCAUCAAAACACCACCGGUGGGGCAACCGCCGUACCAGGUGUCCAUAGAAGAGCGUAUGAGAUGGGCGCAAAUCGCUGAAGCGAUGGCACAAGCUAGCCACUACGCGCCGGAACCAGCUCAGAUGGCGACCCGGCCGUCGUCCGCCAUGUUCGGCGGGUACCCCACACUACCGCCCGUGCCACUACCCAGACUGGGCCUGCACGGCCACCACGCGGGCACCCUCAACACGGUGGCCUCGCGCGCCAACACCGCCGCCUCACACCACAACUUAUACGGCUACACAAACCACAUGGCAACAGAGUCGACCAGUUCGGAAGCAUCUUCUCACGUCCAGGAGCGAGCUGACCUGCUCGUGCCCAGGCCCAAGUCUAGGGCUAGGAGUAUGCAUAAUCAAACCGGCAUCUACUACGACGUUGAAUACGAGAACGCCGGGGAGGGUAUAUACGGUACAAAGGGCAUCCCUCUCUCCACAUACACCGUCAGUCGAGGACCGCCCUUCUAUAGGACUUAGUACAUAAGAACAGGAAUUAAAUAACAUCAAAAUAAUUUUCAAAAUUAUAGAAAAUUUUAUUACUGAUAUUGGACUUGGCUAAAGAACUGCCGGCCAAUAUUAAAAAAGUACGUACUCGCGUGACUAGUUAUACUUCUUUGGCUUUAUAAAAAAAAAUGUUUUAAUUUGAAAGCAAAGAAAAGAUAAUUAAAAUAAAAUAAUAAAAGGAAUGGAUUAAUUAAAAGACUUAAUGAGUGGUUUAGUGGGCAUCGUGAAAUAUCACUCAUCAUUGUUUCAUAAUGCGCGUAAAGAAGUUUAACUUAAAAAUGUAAAGUUAAAAAAUACUUA